AUGGGUGGGAACAUCUAUAUCCCGAUUCCACAACCCGAUCCAGCCACUGAAACCGACCUCCCAAUGUCACCACGAAUGUACCCAGCAUCACAACGAUUCGUACUGGCAACCGAAGUUCUGGAUAUUCAGUUGGAACCCAUAUUGGGCCAUACAGCUUGGCAUGAUAAUCCGAAUUUUGCAGAGGUGAGGGUUCCGUUGGAAGCUGAGAGGGUGGGGGUUAGAGGCAGACCCGGGAUGUGUUAUGAUGGGAAGGUGGAGAUGUGGUAUGAUGGGAGGAAAGGGGUUGGGUUGGUUAGAUUGUGA